AUGUCCUCUUCCUCAAAGCACGUUAAAUUCGUCGCAUCUGAUCCUUCUCGCGGGGGUCUCCCAGUAAAGCGUAAGCAAGUCCAGCAUGCAUGCGCUUCAUGCCGCAAGAAAAAAAGACGGUGCGUCCAUGCCGAAAAUGCUGUUGAAGAAAAUACCGUCUCGCCGCCAGAGGUUCAGGUUCAAGUUCAAGUUCAGAAUGAGACACACCAACAAUCCCGGUCUGCAUCUCUUCCGUUGAACGUACCUCUUUCAACACGGACGGCACUACCAGACCAUAACCACAAUGCAUCUCCAUCUACGCGCCAGCCAUCUAUUCACCUUCAAUAUGGCACUGUCCCAACACCUCCAAGACGUGAAUCAGCAGGGACGCCCAAAACACAAUCAUCAUCUCGCUUCGUAGGAGAUCUCAACCCGGAGGGUAUGUUCAUGGAAGCAACAGGUUCAGCAUCCGUCAGGGAAACUUCACAAAAGGGCGACGUGGGCAUUUGGCUCUCAUCAACCACUGCCACUAACAGCGGGUCGCAAGGUCAAGCUGGCUCAUCGUCGCAGUUCAUCACCUCGAGGCCACCACCGAUAAUGGACCAGUUUCUACUCCCAUUUGUUAAAGAGCACUGUCUACCCUGUUUACCACCUGAGCACGACUUUCGCAAGUUGAGACGUUUGUAUCUGGACAGGAUUCACCCCAUCCUACCCAUCAUUCCCGAAUCAAGCUUGGAUGUCGCCGCUCCUUUAGAUGAUGAUCCUACCGCCAUUGUUCUUCGCCAACUGGUCUGUCUGGCCGCUGCCACAGACCCAUCCAUGUCGUCGCACCUGCAUUUACAAAACCGUGGUGACGAACUCUUGACUUGUCAAGACUUCAUCCAAUCCCUCUCAUCCGCCGUACGCGCCAUUCUGGAAACAAGCAUCAUCACCGACAGGGUUCUUCACAUCAGGGCUCUCGUCAUGCUCUCGCUGUACACCCAACCCAGCAGUUCCGAAGAAGCCGAUCUCCCGGCCCAACUAGGCGGCCGCGCCAUUCACCACAUUCAGACUUUGGGUCUUCACCUUCUCAAGUACGAUGCACCUAACUGUGAAGAGCUUGAGACUUUGUUCUGUGCAGUUUGGGCAGUUGACCGAAUUAAUGCUGCUGCUUAUGGACGACCUUGUUUAAUGCACGAGAGAGACAUUGGCGCCAAUCUCGACGGGUGUAUCAAGAAAAGACCACCUUGUUUCCGACUUUUUCUUUCUGUGAUACAGUGGCUUGAUCAAGUGAUUGAGCUGUAUCGCCCUGGACCAAGUGCUGAGGCUUCGGGUCUUGAUAAGAUUGCGUACAUCGACCUCCCCGUCCUAGAAGCCAUGAUUGUCAACGCCGACGCCCUCAAAGUCCCAAGCCCACUCAUAGCAACAAUCGAGACCUUUUAUCACGCUGUCAUCAUUCUAUCCUGUCGUCUUCCUCGUCCGGGCACACUGACAGCAGCAUCAACACUCCCACCCCCCUCCGCCAACGCACGUCGCUCACUCGCAGCCGAACGAAUCGCCUGCGCCGUCCUCCGUGACCAUCUGAGUCCCAUGCCCAUCGUCCCCUACGCAGUGUGCCUCGCGCUAAGUGUGGAAUACCGUAAGAUGCGCCACAGUCGACUACCUAUGUUUCGCGCCCGUGCCAUGCACGCUUUUCGUCGCAAUUGCGAAAUGCUCCGAAAAUUCGGCGACUAUUUCUGGAGCGCCAAUGUGGUAGCUGGUCUAGGUGAACGUGUACUGAAGGAGAUGGAACGCGCCGCCAAUACUUUAACUCGUGAAUCAACACCACCUACCCACGAAGGAACGCCCAACUCUGUACCCUCAUCUUUCUCACACCUUGUCCCUCGACCACCUGAGUUGCCCGUGUCUGUCCCAGUCGCUAACCCCACCAUGGUCAACUCGGUCCCUAGUGUGGAACAACCUGUUGACUUUUCGCUCAUCGAUGCUAUCUCGGGCGCUGACGUCUUUGGGGCUAUAGACCCUAGCUUCAACCUGAACGCUGUAGAGGAUGCACUUGAAGCCAAUCUGGACAUUGGUCUUCCGAUGAACUGGGUAGACUGGGGGCAAUAUGCGACGCUACCAUGA